AUUUACAAUUAAUUAUUUAUUUUUUAUUUUUUUGGUAUUCAAGUAAGCAAAAGUUGGGAUUUGAAAUAGUGAUCCCCAUACAAAUAACUAUGAUUGAACGUAAACAAAAGGAAAUCAAGCAUAGACUUUCUUUCUCCCCCACCUUCCCUUCAUUUUCUUCCUCUUGUGUUUUCCUUGGAAAAAGAAAAACGAAAUAAAAAGGAGGAAAAAUGUCAGCGUCGGACGGACGGUCGCCGUUGACAUCAGAUAUGAGGUCACCGAUGCCGCUACUAUCCCGGCGGCAUACGAGUGGUGAAAAUGAAAUCAGAAACCUGGCUUCCAUUUCCAGCAGUUUGUUGCCUGCUUUUGGUACAGUUAUGGGUGAAGGCUCUGUUCACUUGAAAAGAUUUGUUAUUGCGCCUUAUGACAGAAGAUACAGGUGGUGGCGAACCUUUCUAGUGGUGCUGGUGGUGUACUCGGCAUGGUCAUCUCCAUUCGAGCUAGCUUUCAGAAAGACGUCAACUGGUGCACUCUUGCCUGUUGACUUGGUAGUCGAUGCCUUCUUCGCUAUUGAUAUUGUUCUUACUUUCUUCGUCGCUUAUUUGGACAAGUCCACCUACUUACUCAUCGACGAUCAUAAGAAGAUAGCCAUGAGGUAUAUUACACAUCUAUGGUUUCCAAUGGACGUGGCUUCGACUUUGCCGUUUCAAACUAUAUAUCGGAUUUUCACUGGGAAAAUGCAUAACGGUGAUGUGUUUGGUUUUCUCAACUUGCUUAGGUUAUGGCGACUUAGGCGUGUCAGUGAACUCUUCUCUAGGUUAGAGAAGGACACUCGCUUCAGCUACUUCUGGACAAGAUACUGUAAACUAAUAUCUGUGACACUGUUUGCAGUACACAUAGCGGGGUGCUUCUACUAUUGGCUAGCCAUACAUUAUCAUGUAUCAGACGAUACAUGGAUUGGAUCUCAAGUUCCCGAUUUUGAGGAUAGAAGUAUCUGGUUGGGCUAUACCUAUUCCAUGUAUUGGUCGCUCGUCACACUCACAACGACUGGUUACGGUGACCUGCAUGCACAGAAUACAGGGGAGAAGGUUUUCUCCAUCUUCUACAUGCUUUUUAACAUCGGCCUUACUGCGUACUUAAUCGGCAACAUGACCAAUCUUAUAGUACACAGUUCGAUUCGGACAUUUGCCAUGAGGGAUGGGAUCCAUCAAGUCCUGAGCUACGCGAGCAAGAACAGACUUCCAGAAGGAUUAAAGGAGCAAAUGCUAGCACACGUCACGCUCAAAUUCAAGACAGCAGAACUUCAGCAAGAAGAAGUAUUACAAGAUCUACCUAAGGCUAUAAGAUCCGGCAUUGCACAGCAUCUCUUUCGUAAAACUGUAGACAAUAGCUAUCUUUUCAAAGGAGUUUCUGAAGACUUUAUCGUACAGCUGGUUCCUGAGAUGAGAGCAGAAUAUUAUCCACCCAAAGUGGACAUCGUCAUACAAAACGAGAUAUCAACAGAUCUCUACAUUAUAGUAUCUGGAGCUGUGGACCUGGUGACACAAAAAAAUGGAAUGGAACAGUUCCUGUCAAAAUUAGGGUCUCCAGAUAUGUUUGGAGAAAUUGGGGUGAUAUUCAAUAUUCCACAGCCUUUCACGGUGAGAACAAAGAGGCUCUCACAGGUCAUCCGUAUUAGUCACAAUCAUUUCAAGCAAUUGGUGCAGCCACUGACUGAAGAUGGAAAGAUAAUUCUCUCAAAUUUUCUUCAGCACUUGAAGGGCUUGAAGGAGGAGGUGCUAAAGGAAAUGCCAUUUGUAACAGAGUUGCUGGGUGAAACUAAUGUUGAGGCUAUGGCGCCAACUGCAGAACCUCAAAAUCGUGAUGAGUCAAGCCAAGAAACAAAGAGAAAAUCUAUGGUUAACACGCCAGACAUACUUCCAGUACGGGUAGUGCUACAUGGGCAUCAUCCAGAUAUCGAACAAAAAGAAGAAAAUGGGGGAAAACUUGCCCAUGUUCCUGAUUCAAUAAAAGACCUCCUGGCUUUAGCAGGUGAGCUAUUUAUGCGUUAGUGUGGAACAUCUCAAUAAAUCAGACUAAUAGUGUGCACCAGAACUUGAAUUCAAUAUAUAUACCCGAACCUUGAAAAUUCCCUAUUGUUCCGUUGGAAGAAAUUGCAUUUUCAUUCAUUAAACGUACUUACGGGUAGAAGGAACGAUAUAUUGUGAGAUUUAAAGUGUACAACUUAUAUUUUUGGUGAACACAGAAAAAAAGCUUGGGAAAAGAGGAACCACGAUUCUCAUGGCUGAUGGAUCUCAAGUGGAAGACCUAAACGCUUUAAGAGACAAUGAUCACUUAUACAUCUUUUGAGGACAACAAACUUCAAAAAGUUACAAUCGCCCAAACAGUUGGAUGACUAAAAGGUAUAAAAGCAAUGUACCAUAUUAUAUUUGUCAAUGAUAUGUUCUACUUCUUGAAUUGUAUACGUAUAUAGAACUAGAAGUACGUGAUUAUGAUGCUUUCAAGACUUUGUGAGGAAUAAAACACACAAACCUUAGAGGUUCAGCUGACAUUACGACUGUUAAACAUGUCAAGAACUGUAAAAGCAGCUUUCUGAAAAUGAUCUUUCUCUUCUU